AAUCAUUAGAAUAUUUGCUAAAUAAAACCACAAUCAUAUUUGUUGAGAAGGGAAAGUCUCUGCAAAGUCGACUGAAAUCUUCGAUGCUGAACGUAGAAGGUGGCGACAAGGACCUACGCGCGUCACGUGACGUCUGGCGGCGCCUGCGCGUUGACGAGGCCCUAUUGAGGUUACGAGUGGCGCACGCAGCGCGGGCAUUGGCUGGCCUUGAUGAUACCGCCUUCACGCUUGAUAAGCAGCGCCUGCAGCUUGACGCGGCCAUGAACGAGCGCCUGGUGGAGAUCUCAGCCCGCCGCGACAUGUUCCUGGUGCAGAAGCGCGCGUUAUUUGAAGACUGCGGCAAGCUGCGCAGCGAGAUACGCGAGCGUGAGCAGCGCAUCGAGCAGCUCAAGAAACGGUACGACAUAUUCAUUGGAUCUCUUGGCAAGGACGAAUCAGGGCAGCAGCUGUCUGUCACUUUCUUCAAGAUUAAAUUCGCGGCAGAACGAGCCGAGCUCCGCACUAAGGGAGCGGCUUUGGACGCGGACAUUGGGCGUCGUGAGCGCGACGUGUCGGCGCUAGAAGCCACGCUACGCGUCGUGCACGCCGCGCAUCAACACUUCAUGCAUCACAUCUCGCCGCUCGCAGAUGAUACUCCCGAGAUCGACGAGUUGAAUUCACUCACGAAGCAGUACUACGAGAUGCGCGACGAGCUCAAAGCGCAGAACGCCUGCAUCGAUUCCCUGGAGCAAGGCAUCGGCGAUACCAGCAGCCGCCUCACUAUGCUUUCUGACAAGAACAAGCAGCUAGCGGCUAGGCAGGCAGAAAGCGAGAUGGAGCUAGAGACGGUGCGCGAGCGCGUGUCGCGGCAGGAGGCGCGGCUGCAGCACGCGCGCGACGUCGUGCGCCACAACGCGCGCCGCGCGCACAAGCUCGUCGAGGGCGUGGACGCCUGGCGCGUGUUCCAGAUGGCGCUAUGGGUGCGCGAUUACGCAGAAGCAGCGCAGAACGCGAUACAGGCGCUGACAGAAGCGUGCGCGGGCGCGCCCGAGCACUCCGCUCGCUACGGCGCGCUGCUGGCUUCUACCGACGUGCAGCGCCAUCUGUCGCGCCACCAGCGCCGACUGCACGCCAUCAUACACAGAAUUAUUGCUGAAAGUGGUCCUGCGUGUGGAAAGGAAUCGGCAAUUAUUGAGGUUGAUGACACGGUGUUCUCGACGUCUUCGGAGUCGAUUCGCAGCGGUGUCAGUAUCGCGAGCGGCUACACUAAGCGGCUUUCUGCUUUCCGCAGGAGUCUUGCGCCGAAGGUGCAAGAGACGGCUCUGAUUGACGACAUACCGGAACAAGCUCGGCGCUCGACGGUCUCGCUGCGCGUGGUGACACUGGGGCUGGAGGAGUCUGCGCCGACGCUCAAGCCGAGCCAGUUCAUAGCGCGCUCGCGCAAGUCCCUGCGAUGAAUGCUAAACAUUUACAUUUUUGAUACUAGACUUUACAUUGUAUGAAUUAUUUCGAGUUUUAAUGAAUUGAAAGAUUUGGUGAUAACAGAAUAGAACUGUUAUUUUUAUUAAGGUAUGGGCACACCAAUGGUUGCAAGAUAGGUGGAGGAUUGAAGAAAAAUGCUGGAAAAGCUAGAGUAAGCUUUUCUUGUUACAGAAAAUAACGCUUCAUGGCUUUGUAUUUGAACUUACGAAAUCUUUAAUAUUAAUUUCAUUCCAAUAUCUAUCUAAUCACUUGCAGUGUGCGCAUGCACUUAAGUUUCGAGAUUUUUCAACAUUGAUUUCGUAAAAAACAAAGAUUUUGUGUUUCGAGAAAUAAAUGUGAUUUUU